AUGUCUCGGCGAAGCUCUGGCUUUGAAGAUGAAGACACGCUGUUGGGCUCCAAGAGCGAGAGUCUCUCUCUGCAAGUGAUGGAGAAGAGAAGAGCGAACCUUGGGAUCCUACAGCUUUCUCUCGUUGCUUUGCUGAGUUCAGUGAUUUCUGUCGCAGUGAGCCUCAUUGUAUGGAAAAGCGUACAGCCCAGAGCUGGGCUAAGGGAGGAUGCAAAACUACUUCCAGGACUGGAUAUCCCCCCUCUUGGCCCGAUCCAUAAAGCUUUCAUGCCGGAGAGGGUAUAUGAUGACCCUCGCACCGAGCACGGCUACCAGGCGUGGAUGAACCUGUUUCCGAAGGGAAAAGGAUAUGUCUCAAUAAAAAACAUAGAGGCCGCAGGUCCAGUGCCCGACUAUGUCCAGGACACCAGCACAGACGGCACCGGACGAUUCUCUGUCGCAGUAUUUCACCAACUGCACUGUCUAUAUCUUCUUCAAUCCGACCUUUUCGAGGCUUUAGAAGCAAACAUCACCGAACCGCACUCCCACACACUCCACUGCUUGGAUUACCUUCGAGAGAGUAUCCUCUGCACAUCCGACUCUACUUUGGAGCCAUUCAAACCAAAAUUCGACAGCGCGGCAGAUAGAAAAGGUGUAGACGGAUACGGCACUCCCCACCAGUGUCGCGACUUUGGAAAGUUGAGAAACUGGGCUGAGCGAUUUCGGUAUAAUGAUAAUCAAGGUUUCGAGACCUUUGAGGGAUGA